AUGCCAGAGUCUCGUUCGUUAUCGGAAUUAACCAGACAAAUCGCUCCACCAACUAAGAACGGCCAUGCACCACCACCCACGGAAUCGAGAAAGAGCUAUCAAUCUGUCAAUCCUGUCCGUGUCCGGGCCGGCCCGCCCGCCCCGGCGGCCCCGGGAGCCGGGCCGGGGACGCCCACGGGCCAGGCCACACCGGGAACGGCCGACGCGCCCUCAAGAGCCCGUCCGUCCGCCCGCCCCAGAGGGGCGGGGGAUGCCGGGCGGCGAAGACACGGCGACCGGCCCGCGGUGGGCGGACCGGGGACCCGACCGGCGCUCGGGAGAGCGCGUCGGAGCGGGGGGCGCGGCGGGGGGGUGUGCUGGUGGGUGGGUGGGGUGGGGGCGGUGGGAGGGGGUCACGGGUGCUUCCCCCCUCGCCCAGCCCGCGACGACGUCGGCGGACAGGCGGCGGCGGCAAAGCGGGCAACGGAUCGGGGCCGCGGCAGGCCCGGGGAAGCGAGGCACACCAGGGCGCGGCCCCGGGGAGCAGCAGAUGGGGAGCGGACCGGGGCGGACGGGCGGACGGACAGAGAGGGGCACCGGCGGUGUGCGGCCACGGGCUGCGGGACGGGGGCGAGGGCGCCGUCCCGGGGACCAGGAAACACCGGGACACAGCCGGGCCACCAGGAAAACCAGCGCGGGGUCACACCGCCACCCACGCACGAGGGCGGUCCCGCGACGCCUGGGACGCCGGCCGUUCCCGGCCAAUCCCUGGAGCGGGCCCCACACCCCGGCCCCGCCGCCAGGGCCGGCACCGGGCCCACCACACCACCACCGGCUGUGGCUCGGGGGCGAGGGCGGGCGCGACAGGCUCCUCCUCACCACAGCUGCGGGGCUGGGGGAGCCGGGGCCGACCGGGCGUCGCGCCCCGACCACCCCCUUUCCCCCUGGGCUCACACCGCGGGGCCGGCCGCGCGCACACAGCACACACGCACGGCCCCCCCCCACUCACCAGACACCCGGCGGGGCCCAGCGGGACCCUCCCCCAACUCGGAGGGGGGAGGCGCAGGCCGCAGUAGGCAACAAGCGGCACGCGGCCCCACCGCGGGGCCGGCGCAACCAUCACCCCCCCCCCCUUCCCACGGAGGGGAGGGGGGGGCUUUUCUGCCCACGUGCUCUGGCAGUCGCCACGGGCGGGGGUCGUCCCAGCCACCACCGGCUGCCCGCAGCGGGGAGCGCAGAGUCAUCAAUCAAAUCAAAGACCCACACCGCCUCGCCCCACCGCCCUCGGGCCGCCCUGGGACCAGAGGUGGCACCACGAGCCGGGUCGGCCAGACACACCACACGGGAGCCGGCGCACAGGGCCCAGGCGGGCGGCUCCAGCGGCAGAGGCCAAAUCAGGCGCCGGCUGGCGGCCCAAAGGCCCAGAGCCCCGCGUGCAUCCAGAGACCCAAAGUUCUCGGCGGCAGACACCAAAGCAGACCGUGUCAGCACUUACCUGUCGGAUUCCCCUGGUCCGCACCAGUUCUAAGUCGGCUGCUAGGCGCCGGCCGAGGCGAGGCGCCGCGCGGAACCGCGGCCCCGGGGGCGCACCCGGCGGGGGGGACCGGCGCGCCCGCCGCCGCGGGCCGCGAGGGGCGGCGGGGCGGCGGGGGUGUGGCGCGGCGCGCGGCCGCCGGCGGGGUGGCGGGCGGGGAGGGGGGGGAGGCGGGAGCCCCCCGCCCCGACCCGGCGCCCGCGCGCCGCCGCCGACGGCCGGCGGGCGCACACACGCACCGCACGCGCCCCGGCCCCGCGCGCGCGGCGGGGGCGCGCCGGCGCCCGCCGGGCUCCCCGGGGGCGGCCGCGACGCCCGCCGCAGCUGGGGCGAUCCACGGGAAGGGCCCGGCUCGCGUCCAGAGUCGCCGCCGCCGCCGGCCCCCCGGGUGCCCGGGCCCCCGCGGGGGGACCGCCCCCGCCACCGGGGCCCCGGCCGCUCCCGGCCCCGGCCCCCCCGGUCCCGCCGCCCCCCCACCCGCCCCCCGCGGAGGGGGGAGGCGGGGGGGCGGGAGGAGAGCGGGGGGCGGG